AUGGAAAGGCUGUUACGACUUGGUGGCGGUGUUCCAUCUCUUGGACAGGGUGCUCCAUCAGCUGAUGCUCCGACUGUAGACACUGCUGAACAAGUCUACAUCUCUUCUUUAGCCCUCCUCAAAAUGUUGAAACAUGGCCGUGCUGGUGUUCCAAUGGAAGUUAUGGGUCUAAUGUUGGGAGAAUUUGUUGAUGAUUACACCGUUAGAGUUAUUGAUGUAUUUGCUAUGCCACAAUCAGGAACGGGUGUGAGUGUAGAAGCAGUAGAUCCAGUAUUUCAAGCCAAAAUGUUAGACAUGCUGAAGCAAACAGGAAGACCAGAAAUGGUUGUUGGUUGGUACCAUUCACAUCCUGGUUUUGGUUGUUGGUUAUCUGGAGUUGAUAUCAAUACACAACAGAGUUUUGAGGCUCUUUCAGAGAGGGCUGUUGCAGUUGUGGUUGAUCCUAUUCAGAGUGUAAAAGGAAAGGUUGUCAUUGAUGCUUUUCGCUUGAUUAACCCCAACAUGAUGGUACUUGGUCAAGAGCCAAGGCAAACAACUUCUAACCUUGGGCAUCUUCAUAAACCUUCCAUUCAGGCACUUAUCCAUGGCCUGAACAGACAUUAUUAUUCAAUAGCCAUCAACUAUCGCAAGAAUGAAUUAGAACAGAAGAUGCUACUCAACUUGCACAAAAAGAGUUGGGUUGAUGGACUCACAUUACAAGAUUAUAGUAACCACUGUAAACUUAAUGAAGAAAUUGUUAAAGAAAUGCUAGACUUGGCUAAGAACUACCAUAAGGCAUUAGAAGAGGAAGAAACUAUGACACCAGAACAAUUGGCAAUUAAAAAUGUUGGAAAACAGGAUCCUAAACGUCAUCUGGAAGAACACGUUGAUGUACUGAUGACUAAGAAUAUUGUACAGUGCUUAGGAGCCAUGUUACACACAGUUGUGUUCAAAUAG